AUGACACGUAACAAGAGGGAGAGAUCAGAAGCUGAAAACGGAGGUGGAGCAGAGUCGAACGCUGAGAAGACGGAAAAGGUAGCUUUGAUGACAUCUAACAUUGGGUCAACAUCUUCAAAGCGUCUUGCUUGUUACUUUCAUAUGGGUGGGAAGUUUGCAGAAAAUGGUGAUGGUGAAGUUAAGUACUAUGGUGGAACUGUCGGGGUAAGAGUGAUCAAGGAGGGUAUAAGGCUUGAAGAUUUGAGGGUUAUGAUAGGAGAAUGGUUUGGUGUAGAUAGUAAUGGUUGCGACAUUAAAUACACAUUGGGCUUGAAUGAUAGGAUAUUAAUAGAUCUUAUUAAUGAUGAUGAAGUUGACAACCUAUUUGAGUAUAAUGAUAGUAAUGCACAUGUUUACGUAGCAGCUAAAGGUAAUGAGAAUACGAAGGAAGAAGUGGCUAAUCGAAACAGCAUGUCAAAAUUGUCAGGACUGUCACAGCAAAAUGAUGAGCCAAUGAUUGAGGAUGCUGUCGAAUGUGUGAAUUACAUAGCAGCUGAAAAUGUUCUUAGCCUGCCAUAUGCAGUAGAGAGUGCACCAACUCCUUUGCCAGGAGUGAAUUCCUUGAAAUGGAAGACAGUAUUGUUAGGAUUUAGGCAGACUUUUCCAGAUGCAGAUGAUUUCAAGAAGAAACUACACAAAUUCAGCAUUGCAAACAAAUUUGAGUAUAAAUAUGUGAAGAAUUCUAAUGCCCAUAUGUAUGUCAAAUGCAAUGUUGAAGGUUGUCCAUGGAGGAUCAGUGCAAGAGCAGCUGUAAAGAGUACUCCAGCAUUUUUACAUGUAACGACAUUCAAAAAUGAGCAUGUUCAUAAUGCCCAAGACAAUCUUCAUGUGACAUAUGGUGGAUCAACUAGCUUGACAUCAUCAAUUAUAAUUAAAGAGGUUAGGGAUCAUAUAGACAUGCGUCCAAAUGAUAUAAAAAAGAGGUUGGAAAGAGAUUAUGAUGUGAAGUUGACAUAUAAGCAAGCAUACAGGGCCAAGGAAAAAGCAUUGGAGGACAUACAUGGCAGACCUGAUCAUUCUUACAUGCUUAUUCCAUGGAUAUGUGACCGGUUGAAGGAAACCGAUCACAAAACAGUGGCAAAAUGGGUGGCUGCAAGGAACAACAGAUUUGAGCGUGUAUUCAUAGCCCAUGGGUGUUGUAUAGAGGGUUUUAUUGCUGGUGCUAGACAUGUACUGUAUAUUGAUGGAAGUCAUUUAAGUGGACCGUAUAAGGGGACACUACUUUCAGCGUCGGUUUAUGAUGCGGACAACGAAUUAUUACCUUUUGCCAUUGCGAUUGUGAAGGGAGAGAUGCUUGAGGAUUGGACAUGGUUCUUACAUAUGAUCAAGGAGAUAGUUGGGUCAAUGCAAUUAACAAUCAUUUCAGACCGACACAAUGCAAUUAUAGGUGCUGUGCAAGCAAUAUUCGGAGGUGAGCGACAUGCGUACUGUUACAGACAUGUUAAGGAGAAUUUCAGUACACAAAUGAUCAAGUUAAAUAGAGGAAGAAGGAAGACAAGUGGCAACACAAGGGAGGAUGGACUGCAUUUCCUAGAUGCCAUUGCAUAUGCAAGGCUUGACACAGAGUUUGAUCAAGCAAUGGAUAACAUGAGACACUUCAAUUUCCAAUUAUUUGAAUGGCUUGUCAAUCAUGGUGAUAUUCACAAGUGGGCCUUAAGCAAGUUCUCUUUUAAACGAUGGGACAACAUAACAACAAACCUUGCAGAGUCAUUCAAUGCGUGGAUGCUGAAGGAGAGAAGAUAUAAUGUUGCCCAACUUAUACAUGAGCAUCGUGAAAAAGUAGCCAAAAGAUGUAUGCAGCAAGCAUGGCAAUGA